AGGUGCAGGGGCGGGGGUUCGGGUCUCCGCCCUAACCGCCCCCGACCCCCGCUCCCGUCCCGCAGGCAGCGCGCCCCCGGGCCCGGUUCCGGAGGGAGUGGUGCGCGUCUACAGCAUGCGCUUCUGCCCGUACGCCCAGAGGACGCUGCUGGUGCUGUUGGCCAAGGGGAUCCGGCAUGAAGUCAUCAAUAUCAACCUGAAAAGUAAACCUGAGUGGUUCUUCGAGAAGAACCCUCUUGGUCUGGUGCCGGUGCUGGAGAACAGCCGGGGCCAGCUGAUUUGUGAAUCUGUCAUCACAUGUGAGUACCUGGAUGAAGUGUAUCCUGGGAAGAAGCUGCUGCCAGAUGACCCUUACGAGAAAGCUUGCCAAAAGAUGAUCUUCGAGUUAUUUUCUAAGGUGCCAUCUCUGAUGGUGAGCUUUUUAAGACUACAGCAAAAUAAAGAAGACUGCUCUGGCAUAAAAGAAGAAUUGAACAAAGGCAUGAACAAGCUAGAAGAGGUUCUGAAGAAGAAGAAGACAACUUUCUUUGGCGGCAACUCUAUCUCUAUGACCGAUUACUUCAUCUGGCCCUGGUUUGAACGGCUGGAAUUGCUGGAGCUAAACGAGUGGGCAGCCCAAACUCCAAAACUUCAGCUCUGGAUGGCAGCCAUGAAGCAAGAUCCCGCAGUUAAAGCCCUCUUCAUGGACGUGAAGCACUUUCAAAAUUUCCUAAAACUUUACUUCCAGAACAGCCCCGAAGCCUGUGACUGUGGGCUGUGAGGGGCAGGCGUCAGCAGGGAGCUGUGCUGUGCCCCUUUGCUGAUACGAAAAGUUAACACGCUUUUGUUUCCCCACCCGCUCUCCUGUCUCAUCUGCUCCUCUCUCUGACUUGAGGUCACGAUGGCUUAACUGUGAGGGCCGUUAGGUCCCUCCUACUGAAACAUGAGCCCGUGUACUAUCUCAGGGUUCUCAGACGACUCAGGGCUCCGUCCUCGUAUGUCCUGAAAAUGCCCAGCAUCAUCUCUAGUCUCAUGGGGACUUUAAUCCAGACUUCCCACCGUUCACAGAUCUCCACCGGGACACCUGACUGUCCUUUCAGGAGACGGCCGCCCGAGUUUCUUGUCUUCUGGUUUGAGUUGAGGAAAUUUCAAUUCCUACUUUGCUUUCUGUCAUUUUCACGCCCUCUCUGAUCCUGCUGCUACAAAUAAACACGAGUUCCACCCCACCUCAAA